UGUGUACGAGGCCUGGGGGUUGCCUGGGGCAGGUGAUGUCAGACUGGCUAAAGAUGGAGGAGGAGCUGGCUACCCUCAGACAGCUAAUGCUGAGAUGCGCUGUGUCCCGGCAUGCCGUGCUGGAGCAGCUGCGUGCGGGGGCGGAGCAGAUGGAGGGGAGGAGUCUGGAGGUCAGCCUGAGAGACAGCAAGGCAGAGGCAGACAGCAUCAGGCAGUGGAGCUGCAGAAAGAGCUGUGGGAGAAUGAGAGCAGGGUGGGGUCUCUGGAGAGGACAGCAGCCCAGAAGGAGCUACAGCUGCUGGGGUUCCAUGAGGAGAAGAGUGCCUUGAAGUCAGAGAGGGAUGGGCUGCAGAGGGAGUUCCAGAGCCUAAGGGAUCAGCACAGCAUCUCCAUGAGAGAGACCCAGGAGCAGGCACUCAGACAGAUGCAGCGAGAGCUGAAGAAGUUGAAGGAAGAGUUGGCUUUAACUCAUGAGGAACAUAUCCAGCAGGCUCAUAGGCAAGCUGAGGAAAAGAAAACAGUUGCGUUCAGAGAACAAGCCAUCUCUCACACACAGCACAUUGAGUCCACACAGAGCUGCAUCCAGAUACACAGCACCAUAGAGCAGGAGAGGAAGAAAUGGAAGAUAGAGAAAGAAAAGGCUCUACAGGUGCAGUGUGGGAUACUCGAGGAGCAAGGCCGUGAUGCUCUGGAGAGAGUGAGGGGGAGACAGAGCGAGAAGAAGAAUGCCCUGGCUCUUCAAAACAAAGCACUGGAACUGCAGACAGGAAGCAGAACCAAGAUCACUGGUCACCAACAAACCAUCAGAUUGAACUUAAUUACCAUGAAUGAAAGGAAAUGGGUGAAGAAUAGAUACAGUAUGUCAUUCCUCUCUCCCUCCCAUGUCAGAGAGUGCAGGAGCUGGAGAGUGAGUGCCGUGUGCAGCAGAGGGAAAAGGUGUUUGCUCUGGUUGCAAUGCGUAGGUCCUUGAGAGAGGAGCACCAAGCUGAGCUACAGAGACUGCGCAGGCACAUGGAACAGGAGGGCCAGAGGGAGGCAUUGAGGCUAGAGCAGGUUGUCCAGCAAGCAGAGGAGAAGGCUGGUAGACGGCAGGUGUUGCUGGGGGAGAGGGAGCACAGCCACAUGUAGGCCACAGCCAGGCUGGAGCUGUAGAACAGACACUGGGCCCAGGAGCUGGGGACAGUGUCAGCAUCUACAGCACCUGCUGGAACACAGCUCCCACACAGUCCUACGGUGGCUCAGGCAGUCCAAACCCUGUAGGGUACCCUGUAGCAGUUGCAGCAGGCAAUCAGUCGACUACAGCAGGAGCUUGACUCACAGAGACGUAGCACUCAGCAGCUGAGCCGGGACAAGGAGCUGGAGUUACAUAUUCAGAGAGAACCGAUGGGGAUGAAGAAAGAGCAGGCCCUGGACUCACUGAAGGAGAGACUCAUUCAGGAAUGCAGUGACUCUGGAGCUCAGCGAUCAGCCUCCUCUCCCUCCCUUCAAAUGCGGGACCCCCUGACUCUCCUGGGCCCUUAGAC